AUGGCUGCGCUGCAAAGAGACAAUCAGCGAGCCCCAGCCCACCCCGUUGCCGCGCCGAUGCCAGGUCAAGUGAUAGUUAACACACAAGCCUACCGUGCGCCGUUACCCACAUUUGAUGGUCGCUAUGAAGCAUGGCCACGCUUCAAGGCCAUGUUCCAGGACCUUAUAGAGCGAACUAAUGAUUCAGAUGCUGUUAAGCUAUACCAUCUGGAAAAUUCGCUCAAGGAAGAUGCUGCAGGGGUUAUAGAUAUUGAGACGCUUCAAAACAACCACUACGAGCGCGCGUGGGAAAUAUUGGAGCAACGUUUUGGAAACAAGCGCCUCAUAUUGGAAAGUCACAUUCUGGGCCUCCUGAACAUGACGAAGGUUCAAAGGAAAAGUUCCAAAGAGCUGCGGAAUCUGGUGGACGAGUGUACUCGACACAUCGACAACCUAGUCAAGCUAGACCAACCUCUGACUGGUAUGUCGCAAAUGUUCGUGGUGACAUUGCUGACACGUGCACUGGAUGAUCAAACCCGUGAGUUGUGGGAAGCCUCAUUUGAUCAAACGGAGCUGCCACAAUAUGAAAACAUGAUAGAGUUCUUGAGACAGCGAGUUGUGAUAUUGGAGCGCUGUGAGACCGCCACAACAGCUGGAACGUCCAAGACUUCAAAGUUUGCACCGUUCAAAGGAGGAGCCUCGAAAUCAUCGCAUGCAGCAAUAGCAACAUCGGAAAAUGCAUGCGACUUCUGUAAUGGCCAGCAUAAAAACGACAAAUGCCCAUUAUUCGUAGGAAUGGAUGUUCAGAAGCGACGAAGAAAGCUCAGACAGAUGAAACUGUGCUACAACUGUCUUCAGAAUGGGCAUCAAAUAAUUUAUUGUCCCAGCAAAGGUGUUUGUGGAAAGUGUUUUAGAAGGCAUCAUACUCUUCUUCAUUUUGUUCGAGAUGAAACGCCAGCGAAGAAAAACGAACCAUCAAAGCCAGUCGAGGAGCGACAGGGGCUUGACGUAACAGAGCGACCAGUCAACGCGUCGUGUUCCAGCGUUAAUCGUCAGCCUAGCAAGCAGAUCUUCCUGAUGACUGCAUUGGUUAAUCUUCAAUCGAGAGGAGGUAAAAUUCAUAAGGUGCGAGCGUUAUUGGACUCUGGCUCGCAGAUCAAUCUACUGACGGAAUCCUUGGUGCGAAAGCUGAACCUACCCAAGUACCCGACGAAUAUUCCUGUGGUCGGCAUAGGGGGAACUCGAUCCCAGAUACGUCAUCGAGUUGCAGUCCGAAUGUCUUCGAACUACAACGAUUUUGACGCCAUUGUGAACUGUCUGGUCACACCACGAGUGACGGGAACUAUACCCUCCACCAAGGUCAAUGUGGAUUCUUGGCAUUUGCCAGCCGGUAUGGUACUGGCUGACCCGAGAUUUAAUGAGCCCGACGAUGUUGAGAUGCUGAUUGGAGCUGAACACUUCCAUGCUAUUAUGUUGCGAAGACAGAUGCACCUCGCCGAAAAACUACCCAUCUUGCUAGAGACUCAAUUCGGAUGGGUCGUUAUUGGUUCUUACGAAGAGGACGACGGAGGUGGUGCACUAUGCGCUAACUUUGCUGUGGCUGACAGCUUGGAGGUCUGCCUCAAGCGCUUUUUCCACCAGGAGGAGUUAACUGAACCAGAGACGGUUACAACUGAAGAGGAACGCUUCGAAGAACAGUCCCAACGAACCUAUCAUCGCAACGAAGAUGGACGAUUUGUGGUUCAACUGCCAUUUCGUGAAUCAGUGAGCCAUUUGAAAGGCUCCCGAUCUCUGAUAUUGAAGCGAAACUUCAUGCUGGAGAAAAGACUUUUGCAAAAUCCCGAGCUGAGGGCUCAGUACACGGCAUUCAUAGAGGAAUAUCAAGCACUGGGCCACUGCCGUGAAGUGAAAGACAGCAGUGCGAAGCUCCGUGUUGAAGGAAUUCCAGACGCCGACCGAGAGACUUUGGUGCCAAUUCAAGACUCCAGUGUCUAUGAAGUUUUUAAAGCCUUAGGACUCCUGUGGGACCCGAAAGGAGACUUAUUUCUGUUCCACAAAUCUCCUGAACAAACGAAGGAUGAUUUUCAGCCAACAAAUCGAAAGGUGCUAUCCCAAAUAGCGAAGUUGUUCGACGCAUUGGGCCUUGUGUCACCGGUGAUCGUAGAAGCGAAGAUGAUUAUGCAGUCGCUGUGGGCCGCCAACAUCGGUUGGGAUGAUCCGGUGAACGGUGACUUGCUGCAUCGAUGGGAGGAGUUUCAAACGUGGUUAACUCAGCUUGGCAAGUUUGAUAUUCCAAGAUGUGUCGUAGUUUCCGAGACCAAAAGAAUGGAGAUACACGGGUUCGUGGAUGUCUCGAAACAUGUGUAUGGUGCUUGUGUUUAUCUCCGCAGCAUUGGAAGGGAGGGAUCAAUAGCACAUCUCCUAUGUAGUAAAUCGAAAGUAGCACUGUUCGAAGAAAGCACUGUUCCAAAAAUAGAACUGUGUGCUGCUGAACUGUUGGUUGAAUUGGUGAAAAAGGUCAUACCAACGCUGAAGCUGAACAUUGAGAUUGUCAAGCAAUGGUCCGAUAGCCAAAUUGUGUUGGUUUGGUUGAAGAAACCCAUGGAACGUCUACCAGUGUAUGAUCGAAAUCGAGUGGCUGAAAUCGUUCGGCUUACCGAAGAUUACCAAUGGGGAUACAUUAACACAGCGCACAAUCCGGCGGAUAUCAUGUCCCGAGGCGAUUCGUCCUUCCAAGACGGCAAGAGCUCAACGUCCACCUGCAGCCUCAGCAGUGAUUCUUCGCCGCAGCGUGGAGAACAUCAAAUGAUUGCCAGCAGCAGCGAGCGAUUCCCAACACGCGACGCCGAUGUCCAGCAACGACGCCCGGAGCACUCACGAGAGAAGAAGAGUGCCACACAGACGCGAGAGUACCGUGCCAAGAGAGCGAGAAGGCACCUGUGUUAA